GAUUCUGUGUAUAUUCUUGUCUGUUGUUACAGCUGAAUUCAAUCGGUGGGGUCAGUAGUUGUUUACGAGAAGCACCAAGAAAAAUUUAUCUGGUUCGAAAAUGUGUGUUGACUUCAUCCCCUGCUCUUAGCCGUAGCAAUCAUAAUCAUUAUCAUUUGUCGAUUUCUUUUGUGGAUCCCGACGAUGAUGUUUGACAACGAGGGAGUGGGUGAAGUAUUGGCUGAUAGAGACAUUUUCUGGGUCUCACAUUAAUGCGACGAGAAUAUCUUCUUUCCCCCUUUCCGUUCAUCGUGACUUUUCCUAUCCGUUAGACCACUCUCGUUGAAAUUGAAUCAGUCGGCGUGCGAAAAUAAGUAUGAAAAAAGUAACCAUGAUGAUUUACAACAUGUGAUACUUCUAUCUUGUGAAGUCAUUCUACUGGAGCAGGGAGCGGUAUAGCAAUAGCUUUCGUUUUUCUUGAUGUUUGUAGGAAGAGGAAGAGCCUAUGGCGCUUGUAGUUCCCCCUUUUGACCAAGUAGUUCCUUUUCCUUUCACACGCUCACGAGAUGAACAACAUUCAGUAGUGAUUUAGUGGCAACGAAGAAAAUGCAGUCCUCUUGGGGUGGCGGCAAGGAUUGGUAUGGCGCGAAAGGUGGCAAGCAAGGAGGCGCAGGAGGUAAGAAUGCUACUUCUUGGCAGAAAGGCGGUUCUAGUGGGGAGAAAGGGGACACUCAAACAUCUGGAGGCAAAGGCCCACAGGGUUCUGAGCUGCAUUCGAACAACAAUGUAAAGGUAAAGAAGACCAAGAGCAUCUUGGUUCCGAAAAAACAACAAGCAGCAGCAAGUGGAGGUGGAGCAGUUCCUGGGAGUAGUGCCUCAUCGACUCCUUUAACUGCAGUGAUUAAACCUGCCGCCGCAAGAUCCAAUAUGAAGAAAAAAGUCGCUGGAGCCUCCUCUUCAGCCUCGUCCAGUUCUAAGGCACGCAGUGCUUCUCAGAAGAAGAUCCCAACAGCGUCAGCUUCUGGAGGCGCAACAUCGCAGAAAACAACAGUCAUGUCCCACGUUGUUGGAGUCAAAAGUUCUAGUAAUACAGUAAUGAAAUCAUCAACCACGACAGUCAAAACUGGUGGCGCUACCCUAUCUUCAAGUACAACUAACCCAUCAUCAUCCAGUAGUGCAGUUGUCAAGCAAGCACCAGCCACUUUCAACACAGACAAAGGAGGAAUGGGGGAUAAAGGAGGCGGAGUGCGAAAACGUCCGGCGCAGGGAGUCGCUACAGAUGCGGCGCCUGUGGCGGUAUUGGACAUUUUCUUUGAUGUUAUCUCCUAGGGAGAGUAAGUUUCUUGAAUUCUAAGGCCAAUGAGAUUGAUGUUGACCUUCUCCUCCCCUCUACUGUUCUUUCCAACGUUUUAAACCAUAAAAAGACAGAACGUUACGAGCCCGUAUUGAUCCUUGAAAACCACCUUAUUCCCUUUUCUUCGCUCCACUCGAAAGAAUCAUGACCUUCAUUAUUUCAUGUUACAGGAGUCCUCUUCGGAUGGUCCCAAACGUGUAGACUCGCAGAAGAUGGCGAUGCUGCGCCAACGACUAUUAGAGAAGCGCGCUCUGUAUAGACCAACCAAGCCAGUGGAUGAUGACGCGUCGCAGGGUGCUUCUGAGUCGAGUCCAGCCAGGGACCCAAGGGGUAGAGUGGGCAGAUCCAACUCAAUUCCGAGUGUAGACGGGGAUGAGGGAGAUGACGACGCGUCACCAGUGGUUCAAGCGCCGCCAGCAGCAGUGCACAAGCCUACAGUAGUUGUUCCGACGCAAAAAACUACAACUUCUGUGGUACCAGCAGGAGCUCCUACGCAACGAGUAGUUCCUGUAGGAGCUGCAAACAACAAUAACAAGGGAGGGAAGGGUAGUACAACUGUCGUGCCAGCUAACGCAGUACAAAAGAAAGGAGGACCCGCUGCUUCAGCAUCUUCAAGUGCUUCAACGAUGAGUCAGAAGGUGAAUCUAGCAAAGCCUACGCAGAGCAGUUCGUCUCUAGUAAAGACUACCAGUACUACGUCAUCCCAAGGAGCAUCUGCUAAGCCAAUUGUCGUACCCAAUAAUGCAGCCGUUGUAAAAAAACCAGCACCAGCCACUUUGUCAACGAUUACCAAAACAACGUCCUCAUCGAGUUCAUCUACGGCGAAUAAUCCUACUUCAGUUCCAAAAGUGGUAGCAGUACCCCAAGCAGGUGCUAAGAACACGUCCUCCUCUUCGUCCGCUGAGGCAGUAGUGAUGGCAGCUCCAUCAACCUCUUCUAACUCUACUAAACCUUCAAAGACUUUUGCCCUUUCUUCAGGACCAACAUCUUCUUCCUCUUCUGGCCCCUCUACAACUGUGGGUGUAGUUCCUCCUCCAGUCGCUGCUCAGUUUCCUACUUCUCCUCUCGUGGUUGUUGAGGUCGUAGCCGCGCCAUCCGACCCGGGAAGCCCACCCGAAGAUGUUGAACCCACAGACGCAGAUGAGCUAGUCUUUUUAGACGACAACGUAGAAGCUGAAGGAAGUGCUCGGAAAAAAAGACGCUCAUCAGGGAGUAAGAGGAACGCAGAGCACCAGGGCGGGGAUGAGGUUAGAAGAAGUAAGCCAGUUGCCGAUGGUGUUGUCGAUGUCGUAGCGGCAUCUGAUGAAACGAUUGUCGUUGCCGCAGAGGAUGUAGUACUGGAAGAAAGUGUAGGGGAAGAGAGUCCAAUACAGGAAGAGACUGCUGUCGCUAAACAAGAAUCACUAGUCAUUGCAGCUACAAACGAUAACGAUGCUGUGCCAGUGGUUGUCGCUGCACCAGAUCCUGCUGGUGAAGUAGAUGUGAAAGUAGUUGAGGAUACAACGGCAGGUGAACAGCAGCAGGUAGUCGAAGAAGCUCCUUCAGUCCUGGAUAUACUGGUCGAUCAUCUAGAAGAAGAGAACAGUGGCAGACGAAAGCAAAGUGUAGAAGAAGAUAACACUGCAGAAGUCGAAGAGCCUCCACUGAAAAAGCAGAAGAUGCUACCGAAAUUGACUGGAACGAGGAGACUGCCUGAUGGUCCAUUAGCGGUGCUGGAUGACGCUGCUGGGGAAGAAGAAACACCUGGCGUGGCUAAAGCGGUGGAGGAGGCUGCUGCAUCUUCAAGUAGUAGCUCUUCUAAAAAUGCGGCUGCUCCUAGUGCAGUUGUAGAACAAAAGGCCGCUGGCGGCAACCAGCUCGCGCCAUCUAAAACAUCUUCUUCGGUGCCUCCGAAUAAGGGCAUCUCAGAGGCGCAGACAAACAUCCCUGCAACUGCUGUGAACAAAGGGAGCAAAGAACUUGUGAACAAAGGGAGCAAAGAACUCGUAAAGGGACAACUCCACAAGCCAGUAACGAAAGGAAAGAAACAAGCUGUUGCAGCAAUGACGAAAGGUAAGGAGCAAGCUGUUGGUGCAGCCAAGGGCAGCAAGGAGUCGACGAUGAAAGGUAAAAAGCCAACUACGAGCAGCGGAGGUGUAGUAAAUAAGGGCGCAGGUGAAGCGACCACAGCAACAGGUAAAAAGGGCGGCGCCGAUGUAACAGGUGCGAAAAAGGGCGCCGAAGGAUCAAGUGCCGCGAAAGGAACUGGCUCAGCAGUAUCAGCGUCAUCAGCAGGUACAAAGAAGGGUUCGACCGAGGUAAGUUCCGCAGUUGUGAAGGGAGCUGCUCCAGCGACGACAGCAGCACCAAGUACCAUUGCUGUGGCCAAGGGGGCUCAGGCCACAGCUGCUGCAUCAGGAAAAGGUGCCAAGGGAAUGGUGAAGGGAGCUCCUGCUGCGACAGGACCAGGCAAGAGCGGUCAGGGAAAAGACGCAGAGGGAGCUGCAGCAGCGACUAAGAAGGGACAAAAAGACGCCGCAAAGUCAGCUGCAACUACGGGCACGAAGGGAGCAAAAGAUCCUAGUAGUGCAGCAGCAGCGGUAGGUUCAGGCAAGGGCAAAGGCGAUACACCACGAGACAAGGCCGGUUCGACGAGUUCAUCGUCUACAACCGGAGUUGCGAAAGGAACGAAGCCUCCGACGACCAGCAAGGAUGGUAAAGGCACCCUAGGAGCGGCAUCAGCAAGUAACGGCUCUAAGCCCACUGGCGGAGCAAUACCUGCAGCUACAAGCUCGUCGAGCACAGGCACAACAGGCAAAGGUGUUCCUGCGGCAGGCACAGCUAAGCCAGGGACCACACCUGCACAAAUUUCUUCAGCUGCCUCUUCAUCAACCUCAACAUCCCAUAUCCCAACAUCACACCCAACAUCUUCUUCUUCUACUACCCCAGCUGCAUCAACAGCUGCCCCCAUAGCCCCAGUUGCGCCAGCUCCUGACCCUGCUGAGCGUCGCAACAUGCUCAAAACCAAAUUUACUGGGAACAGUAAAAUUCUCGCAUUGAUAGAGCUGACGAAUGAAGAGUUUUCUGCCGAACGGGAACGCGUUUAUGCGAAGCUGAAAGAGGCUGUACUACUUGCGGAUCUUGGCGUAGCAGCUGAGUCGAUCGAAAAACGUCUAGAGACUCUGAAACAAGAGCAAUCUGGUGCGACGCCUCUCACCUCCGAGUCUUGCGCGCAGAAGGUCAUGGCAGUACAGGAGGCAUGGCGACGACAGGUGGUGGCUCUGACGAAGUGAAAAUUUGGAAAAGAACUACAUGAAGAUGUUCAUGCUUCCUUGAAGUUUUGACAGUUGUAGCACAAGUAAAUGUUUACAGAACUACAUUGGUGUUCACGAUAUGAACCCAGACCAAAGUUUAACCAUCAAACCUCCUUCACGACCCUUUUUGGCGAUGUGCCGCAUGUACCCAUUGUGCAACGACUCAAGAUAAAAGCUAUAGCAUAG